AUGUCCAUUCCUCGUUGGGUCGGAGACACCGCAACUGUGAAGUCCAUACAACUUCACGGAUUAUGUGAUGCAUCAGAGAAGGCAUAUGGGGCAUGUAUAUUUGUAAGAACCGUCGAGGACAACGAUACUGUUUCAACACACCUCUUGAUUUCAAAAUCACGGGUAGCCCCUCUGGAAAAUCUCAAAAGAAAAAAUCGUCGGCAGUCCAUUCCUCGACUUGAGUUAUCUUCAGCACUGCUUCUUUCACAUUUGCACGAGAAAGUGAUGGCCAGCAUCCACAUCGAAGUCAAGUCAUAUUUCUGGACGGAUUCGAUGAUCGUAAAAUGUUGGCUUACUUCAGCACCAUCCAGGUGGAAGGAAUUCGUUGCGAAUCGAUUCUCCGAAAUACAGCACCUGACGAGUGAAGGAGUUUGGAAUCAUGUAAUGGGAGUUGAAAACCCUGCUGAUAUUAUUUCCCGGGGCAUGACUCCAGCGCAGCUACAAUAUCAAUCCAGUUGGAGGCAUGGGCCUGUUUGGUUACAGCUGGACGAAUCGAAUUGGCCCCAACCCAUCCCAAUCCAGGAGGAAGAAUUAGACAAGUCAAUUAUGGAAGAGAAAAAAGUCAUCACAGUAGUUCUACAUGCAAUCAACCCAACUGCUAACCGGAAUCGUCGCAAGCAUGGAUUCAUCACCGCUGAAGAACGCGACGAAGCACUGAAAAUUUUAGUUCGUCUGUCCCAGAAAGAAGCAUUUCCACAGGAGUUUGCUGACUUAUCCAAGGGUGAACAGGUUCAGGAGUCCUCUAGAAUAAGUUCACUUCAUCCGCAGAUAACAGACGGAACUAUUUGUGUUGGCGGCCGGUUACAGCAUGCGCUGUUGUGA